AUGCCUGAUAGCGGUGGCUGGCAUUGCAUUCAAUAACAAGCAAGUGUUGGUAAACAUUGCAAGCGCUGAACUAUUACGCUAACAAGUUCUCGUGAUUAUCACAACGUACCUAAAACGUGAAAACAUACAAUAUGUCACUACUACCUUUCGUGUUCGGUUACGAAUCACCUCGCAGUCACCGUUAUUGGCCUAGACGUCUCCUCGACCAAGACUUUGGUCUAUCAUUAACACCGGAGGAUCUGCUCACCACCGUUCAAUGUCCUUUGAUAUCUCAAGACUACUACAGACCAUGGAAACAAAUAGCUGCCGCCGCUCGUGACAUCGGUUCUAGUAUUAAGGCCGACAAGGAUAAGUUCCAGGUGAAUCUUGAUGUGCAACAUUUCGCGCCUGAGGAGAUCUCUGUGAAGACCGUGGAUGGGCACAUCGUGGUGGAGGGGAAACAUGAGGAAAAGAAAGACGAGCAUGGAUACAUUUCCAGACAGUUCGUGCGGCGGUAUGCGUUACCCGAAGGUACCGAAUCAGAAACUGUGGAGUCACGACUUUCAUCUGAUGGCGUGCUUACAAUUACUGCACCAAGAAAGACACCAGAUGCUAUUAAAGGAGAGAGGAAGGUACCCAUCGCGCAGACUGGUCCUGUCAGGAAGGAAAUAAAGGAUCAAAACGAGCCGGCACUCGUCGAGAAAAAGUAAACUUUGCGUUAUUUUACAAUAUUCGUAUAUUUUUGAGACUGAUUAUUGAGUAAUUAGUGGUCAUAAAGUGUUUUAUUUUCUUCAAUAAAGUAUGUUUAAGCUAUAA